AAAUCUGCCUGGUCUUUACAGUGCAUUCGCUGAUGUUUGUCCGGCAGCGCCACUGGCGUCCACUGCGGCAUUUGUGGCAGUAGCUGGAGCAAGCGCGGAGCGGUCGAGGAGCAGCGAGGGGCGAGCGGUCGACGGAAGAGGCAAUUUGCAGGGCGCAAGGGCAGCCCUGCCGCGAGCCCCACCACAGCCGCGAGGCCUCUCGCAGGGUACGCGUUAACUGCAGAGAGACAACAUGGCGCCGCCGCCGCGCGAGCGGCAGGCAGCGGCGUCGCCUGCGGCCCGCGAGCCAGGCGGGCGCUGGCCCACGUCGAGCUCUGUGGCGGUGGCCGCCUUGGGGGCAGCCCUGGCUGUAUGCUGCGCCCAAAUCCUGCACCUGAAGCGUCAGCUGCGGCUCGCGAGGCAGCAGGCAGAGGAUGACGCCUCUUUAGGCGCAGCCACGCACGCCGCAGCACACAGCCGCAGCACCAGAGUGCGGCGUAGCGGCAGCGUGCACCAGAAUGGCGCACUUCCCUUCAGUGGCAGGGCCAGCAGCAGCGGCAGCGGCAGCGGCAGCGACGCCCUCUCUGCAGACAUCGGCAGCCCAGAGCAUCAGCAGCCCGCAGCAGCGGAGCCAGUGGCGCCGGCGCCUCGGCCAGCAGCAGCAGUUGCUGCAGCGGAGCCAGCCGCGCCGCAGCCACUGGCGAGCCGCUCCUUCUCUGAGUCUCCCUUCACGGCCGCAGCAGACCAGCCUUUCGUCUAUUCCGCCUCUCCCUUUGGGGCUGCAGCAGCAAGGCGGUCCUCAGUGUCCUCUGCCUCUCCCUCGCCCUUCUCGGCUGCAGCAGGUCAGGCCACCAGCACUUUCUUCAUGCCAGCAGCAGCCCAGCCCUUGGCGGCAGACCACCCCCACCCCUCCUCCACCUCUCCCUUCCAAUCAGCAGCAGCAAGCCGGCCUUUAGUUCCCCCUGCCUCUCCCUCGCCCUUCACGGCUACGGCAGGGCAGCCCUUUGCCUCCUCCACCUCCCCCUUCCAAGCAGCAGCAGCAAGCCGGCCUUUAGUUCCCCCUGCCUCUCCCUCGCCCUUCACGGCUACGGCAGGGCAGCCCUUUGCCUCCUCCGCCUCCCCCUUCCAAGCAGCGGCAGGCCGCGCGUCCUCUCCCUCUCCCUUCACGAGCGUAGCAGAGGAGCCCUUUGCCUCCUCCGCCUCAGCCUUUGAGGCCGCAGCAGCCCAGCCCUUUGCCUCGCCGCCCACCUCCUCCGGCAACGCCAGGGCGCAGCAGCCGCAAGGCGCGGCCCCAGCACGGCGCGCCGACGGCGCCAGGGCGCCCCCCCCGCGCUCGCCUAUGCACCGUUGCGGCUCCAUGCCUCCCCUGGCCCGCGCGGUCAGCGGCAGCCAGCAGUCUGCGGUGGCGGCGGCGGUGGCGGCGGCGGUGGCGGCGGUGCAGGGCAGCUCGCCGUCGCCGCCGCCGCAGCAGCACGGCGCGGACGGCGGCAGGGCUGGACAUGCCCUGCCGCCCCUGCACCGCGCCGGCUCCACGCCUGCGCCGCCGUUGAGCAUGCUGGAGCGCGCCGCCAGCAGCAGCCAGUACACGGCAGCGGCGGUGGCGGCGGCGGCGGCGGCCAGCUUCAUGCCACUGGCGCGCGCCCCCUCACUGGCCACCUACGCCAGCGGCCUGCUGGAUCUGGAGCGCCAGCUGUCGGCCCUGCCCGAGCUGGCGCAGCUGGUGGCGGCGUACCAGGCGGCGACCCCCGGGGUGCGCGAGGCCGCCAGCCGCGGCGCAGCCGGCAGCGAGGGCGGCGGCGAGGCCUCGGCGCCCCACUCCCCCGCCUCCUCCUCCUCCCCGCCCUCCUCCUCCGACCACGUGCUGCUGAGCGGGGAGGAGCUGGGCCUGCCGCUGCGCCUCAUACAUUCCCUGGUGGAUCCAGACGCCGUGGCAUACCUGCACGGACCCGAUGGAAAGCCCGAGGUGCUGGGGACUGGUGCCAGCAGCCGCGUGUACAAGGCUCUGUACAAUGGCGAGGCGGUGGCUGCCAAGGAGAUUGACAUCGGGGGCAGCCUGGAGGUUCGGGAGGCCUUCAUCACGGAGGCGCUGCUGCUGCAGCACCUGCGCCACCCAUGCAUCAUCGGCUUCUUCGGCCUCAGCCUGACGGCAGACAAGGGGGUGGUGCUGCUGGAGCUUGCAGAGGGCCGCGACCUGCACUCCGCGCUGCAGCUGACCGCGGCGGGCAGCGGCGAGCGCGUGUUUGGCUGGCACAGGCGCGGCCGGCGGGUGGCGUAUGAGGUGGCGCGAGCCCUCAACUACCUGCACAGCAAGGGCGUGACGCACAUGGACGUCAAGAGCGGCAACGUGCUGCUGACGGCCUGCGGCGAGGCGCGCCUCUCCGACGUCGGCCUGUCGCGCCACCAGGCCCUCGACGGCGCCUCAGACGCCACAGACACACGCUGCAUAGGCACCUUCAACUGGAUGGCGCCUGAGCUGCUGCUGGAUGCCGAGGGGGCGUGCACCCCGGCCUGCGACAUAUUUUCCUACGGAGUGCUGCUGUGGGAGAUUUGCUCGGGCGAGCGCCCGCUGCGGGGCCGGCUGAGGCCGCUGCGCGUGCCGCAGGAGUGCCCCAAGGCGGUGGCUGACCUGGCGCUGCGCUGCAUCUCCCGCGACCCAGCCCUGCGCCCCACCGCGGCCCAGCUGCUGCAGGAGCUGGGCCAACUGAUGCGCCAGCGCGCCUUUGCCGCGGACCGCACCACCACCACGCUGCUGGGCAGGACCACCAGCGGCGGCGGCGAGGCCGGCGCCCGGCCGGCCGGCGCGCUGGCGCAGUCGCCGCCGCAGGCGCAGGCGCAGCUCAAGCGCAUGGACAGCACCCCGCUGCGCACCCUCAGGCUGAGCACAGAGGUGCAGCGCAGCGCCAGCCUGAACCACUACCCGCUCCUGGCAGCCGCCGCCACCGGCUUUGGAGGGGCCGGGCCGGGCGCGGGCGCAGGGUAG